AUGCCACAGUCUUAUGUUCAUCUGUACACACAGCAUCUUCUGCUUUUAAUGCUUUCUUUAAUUGUGUUCAAGUAUUUGAAUGUCGUUCCCACGAAAACACCAUCGGAAUUUCUAUGGGAUCCUGCUGCGGGCCGCAUCCCGCCUCCCAGCACAUUCCUGACGGCUUCUUUUCUUUCUUCUGGUCGCGAGAUGGCUUGCGCCGAGGUUAUUCCUGUCCCAACCUUGUCGGACAACUAUGCGUAUUUGCUCAUCGAUAGGAAGACAAACACGGCGGCUUGUGUAGACCCAGCGGAACCAGAGAAGGUAGUUGCUGCUGCUAAGGAACGUGGCGUGACUUUGGAGACGUGUUUGUGCACCCACAGACACUUUGAUCAUUCAGGUGGCAAUGAACAAAUAAAGAAACUGGUCCCUGGAAUUGAAGUCAUCGGCUCGGCUUACGAGGAGACCCCAGGAAGGACGAAGGCUGUGACUGACGGCGAUACUUUCAGACUGGGCAAGUUUAGUGAUCUGCAGGUAAAGGUGCUACAUGCGCCUUGCCACACCAUUGGUCACCUGUUGUACUACUUGGAAAGCCGCACUGAUGUAAAUGCCAAGCCCAUUAUCUUCACAGGAGACACUCUCUUCCUGGCCGGCUGCGGGCGGUUCUUUGAGGGCAACGCACAGCAGAUGCAUCACGCUUUAAUGAAGACCAUUGGCUCACUCCCUGCUGAAACGCUGGUCUACUGUGGUCACGAAUACACCAUAGCCAACCUCAAGUUCGCUGCCACCGUUGAGCCGAACAACUUCGCCUUGCAGAAUAAACUGGAAUGGGCACAAAAGCAACAAAUUUCGGGGAAGCCAACUGUCCCCUCAUCUAUCGGCGAGGAGAAGGCGUACAACCCGUUUAUGAGGGUGGAUAGGCCCGAGGUGCAGAAAGCCGUUGGGGCUCCAGAAGGAGACGAGAUUCAAACUAUGCACAUUCUUCGCGAACGGAAGAACACUUUUAGAGGAUAA